UGUAAAAACGCACGUGCCGUUUUGACUCCCUCACGACUCGAAGCCGAAGCUUCGAAAAAGCCAGCGCUUAACAAGCCCUAAUCCAUCUCUCUCGCUCCUCGCUUUCUCUCUCUAGAACCUCGAUCACCUGCUGUUUCCCGAGCUCGUCGUUCCGAAAUUGAGCCCUAAUUUGUUGGAAUUCGAAGCUGGUUCGAUUGAGAAUUGCGUCAUCAUUUUGUGCCAGAGCAGAAGCCGUUGAGUGUUUAUAAGUGGGAUUGCCGCUGGUAAUGGAGACAAAUAGGGGCUAGGGAUUUGGUUCCUUAGAAUCCUUUUGAGAUUCAGUUGGAAAGCUGUAAAGAUUUUGGGAAUCAGAAUGCCAGGAACUCGGCAUUGCCCCCGGAUUGAUACUUCUGAGCUGAAACUUCGCAUUGAAAGGAAGAUUGGCAGACAAAAAACAGAGCUGUAUUUUCAUCUAUUGGGCAGAUAUUUAAACUCAAAGCUUAGCAAAUCUGAGUUUGAUAAGCUUUGCAUUAAUUUGUUGGGGAGAGAGAAUAUCUGCCUUCAUAAUGGGCUUAUCCGAGCAAUUAUUAAAAAUGCAAAUGUUGCUGACACUGCUCCGCCUAAAGUUGAAAAGGUGCGACCUUCUUUAAAUAUCAAAGUACCGAAUGGAUAUGAAAGAGGCAGUCUUCAGUCACUAUGCAGGGAUGUGUUUCCUCAGUCUCCUAAAAAGGGCAGAACACCUACACUUCGUGAUCGCAAGUUCAAAGACCGGCCAAGUCCUCUGGGGCCGAAUGGGAAAACCCACACUGCUAUUUAUGAAGACUCUGCACCAAAAGUUCUAGAACAGCAAAGUGCUACUGAGCUGCUAUCCUUGGGUAGCAGGCCACCUGUUGAAGUCAAUUCUGUGGAAGAGGGAGAAGAGGUUGAGCAGGCAGGCAGACCUGCAAUCUACAGUAGGAUCCCUGUCACAGCUCCACUAGGUGUCUCUCUAAAUACAAGGGCAACAAGGAAAGUGUUACAUCAUGGAGCAUCGUCUUUCCUUCCCCCAGAAACUUGUCACAGCACUGGUGAGUUGCCUGAUUCCAGCACCCUCAGGAAAAGGUUGGAACAGAAGUUGGAAGCGGAGGGAUUGAAGAUCUCAACUGAUUGCGCUAAUCUCUUAAACAAUGGAUUGGAUUCUUAUCUGAAGAGAUUACUAAAGCCAUGCUUGUCAUUAGCUGCCCCGAAGUCAAGACAGAAGAUUAUUCAGCAACAAGCUCUACCCACUUUAAAUGGGAUGAGGGCUGUGAGAUAUAUUCAAAAGCCAAGUGAAUAUUCUCAUGUUUCAUUGUUAGAUUUCCGUGUUGCUAUGGAGUCAAAUCCUAGGAUGCUCGGAGAAGAUUGGCCCUUGCAGCUUGAGAAGGUUUGCUUGCGUGCAUCAGAAGAACCAUGAUUAAUUAGUCAAGAUUUGUGUGGUUGUGACUUAUGUCCAUCAAAGGGUGUUGAUAUGGAUCACAAGUUCAUAAUCUGAUCUAGUAGUGAUGCUGACACAGAAGGUUAUUAUACGCAAGCAGUAACUCAUCUACGUGGUUCCAAGCUAGAGAAAAUUUUGGAUCAAGGUUGUUAGGUUGUAUAUACAUCUCAGAGCUGAUUAUUUCUGGAUUGGGGGUCGUGGCCUCAUAAAGUAUGGAGAUAUUAAUACCUGUAAGAUUGUAGCAAUUACAAAUAGUUCAGUGCGCAUCACCAGCUAAUAUCAGUAGCUUGUUCAUCUUUCUUCUGUUAAUAAAGGUCAUUUUUUGAGUAUCCA